AUGGAUUUUUCUGGCAAGGUCGUAAUUGUAACUGGAGCAAGUUCGGGCAUUGGUGCCGGUGCUGCUGUACAUUUUGCCGAAUUGGGUGCUCUCCUGACCAUAGUUGGGCGCAAUGUUGAUAAACUCCAAGAAACUUCCAAUCGAAUUAAGGCCAUCAAAGGCGAGGAACCUCUCCUGGUGAAGGCCGAUAUGAACAACGAAGAUGACGUAAAACGUAUUGUCACCGACACUCUUGCUAAAUAUGGUAAAAUCGAUGUUUUAGUCAAUAAUGCUGGAGUUUUGGAAACGGGUACCAUAGAAAAUACUAGCCUGGAACAAUACGAUCGCGUCAUGAACACAAAUAUACGUGCCGUCUAUCAAUUAACCAUGUUGGCUGUUCCGGAAUUGAUUAAGACCAAAGGAUCGAUUGUAAAUGUUUCCAGUGUUAAUGGUAUUCGAUCUUUCCCCGGUGUGUUGGCGUAUAAUGUCUCCAAGGCAGCUGUGGAUCAGUUUACACGUUGUGUUGCCCUUGAAUUGGCAUUGAAGGGCGUUCGUUGUAAUGCCGUUAAUCCCGGUGUCAUCAUUACCGAGAUUCACAAGAGAGGUGGUAUGGAUGAAGAGACAUAUGCCAAAUUCUUGGAACACUCCCGCACCACACAUGCUUUGGGCCGACCUGGGCAAGUGGAUGAAGUAUCAGGAGUUAUAGCAUUUUUGGCUAGUGAUAAGGCUAGCUUUAUCACUGGUGCCAGUUUGCCAGUUGACGGUGGACGUCAUGCUAUGUGUCCCAGAUAAGAU